AACAUUCUUAUUAUAGGCUGCUCCAUCGCUGGCCCAGCCCUGGCGACCUGCUUGCUCCUAUCCGACCUCCCCGCCGAUCAGCAACCGCAUAUCACCGUCCUCGAGCGCUCGCCGGGCUUGCGGACAGAAGGCCAGAAUAUCGACAUCCGUGGGGCCGGGAUCACUAUCAUCCGCCGCCUAGGGAUUGAGAAGCAGAUCAAAGCAAGGACAACGGGGGAGGAGGGCGUGCGUCUGGUGGAUAUGCAGAACCGAAUCUGGGCUCAAUUCUCGGCUGACAAGAGCGGCAAGAUGUCGACGCCCACUGCUGACGUGGAGAUCUUGAGGGGAACACUUGCAGAGAUCCUGUACCAAAGGGCGAGGACGGGGAUUGAGUUCAUUUGGGGUGACCAUCUGGACAGUAUCGAGCAGGAUGGGGACAAGGUGGAUGUUCACUUCGCCAAAAGCGGCCAGCGGCGGAGGUUUGACCUCGUUGUUGGCGCUGACGGGCUUCAGAGCACAACGAGGGGCAUGGUUUGGGGCCAGCAUGCUGAUCGUGUGGUGAAGAAGCUCGCUGGUGGUGUGUAUGGUGCCUUUUUCAGCAUGGCAGCUGGGCAGAAUGAUACCAUGUGGCGGAGGUGGUUUCAUGCACCUGGGCGAAGAGGUGUGAUGGUCCGGCCGGAUGAACAAAGGGACAGGGUGACGGUGUUUAUGACCCUCAUCAAUGAUACCGACGAGAGGCUCUCUGUGGUUGCUACUAAUAGACGCGAGGAGGUCCAGGCGCAGAAGCAGCUGAUGAAGGAGUUCUUCCAAGAUGCCGGCUGGGAGUGUGACAGGAUAGUGGACGGGAUGAUGAAGACGAAGGACUUCUAUUAUGAUAUGAUCGCGCAGGUUAAGAUGGACAACUGGAGUAAAGGUCGUGUAGCUCUACUAGGUGAUGCGGGAUAUUGUGCGAGCCCCUUCUCAGGGAUGGGUACCACGCUCGGCCUGACAGGCGCAUGGAAUCUCGCGGGCGCUAUCCUGCAACACCCAAACGACCACGGCCGCGCUUUUGCACAGUACGAGGAGAAAAUGCGACCCACUGUCGAGCUUGCACACAAGCUUGCGCCUGGCAUGCCCAAUGCCCUUCAUCCGCAGACUUCCUGGGGCGUUUGGAUCCUCAAC